AUUAAACUGCAAACAAAUUAAUCUUGAUGCUUAUUGUGUUGAAAUGGUUUUGGAAUUGACAGCUGUAGAGAUGUCUAAUGUGUCCACCAUUCUUGUAUCAGUGUACAGAUCUCCAUCUGGGGACUUUGAGCAUUUUAUUGACCUGCUUGAUUUGUGCUUAAACUACUUGUCCAAACUUAAAGUUAAGAAUAUAGUUCUCUGUGGCGACUUCAAUAUACACUUGGAGAUACCCUCUAGAGAAGAGGCCGCAUUCUCAAACCUUCUGCGUAGCUACGGUCUCUAUAUAACAUCUCGUGUGCCCACCCGUGGGGCUGCUUGUUUGGACGCUGCGGCCACUAACGCUGACUCGUGGAACACAGAAACUGAAGUGGUCAAUCCCCUCGUAGCUGACCAUGGAGCUGUGGUGCUGACGAUUUCAACAGACAUGACGACACGACCCUGAUGAGCAGAGGGAGCGACAUCACCCAACUACGUUUGGAAGCCAGUUACCUACUAGAGGAGGCUAAAGAUUGGUUCAACUGUAAUAGACUUAAGAUAAAUGAAGAAAAAACCCAGACGCUGCUU